GACACCGGCCGGCGUCGACGGCUGUCGCGGAGCUCCUUUCUUCUUCGUGUUCGCGUGUGUGCUAAAGCCUCUCUAGCCAUCGUAUCUUUCUUUCUUUUGUGUCGAGCAACAACGCGAGAUCAUUCGCGAGAGUAAUCGACCGAUAGACUUCGGGAGGAAAGUGUCGCCGAACGAUCCGGGAUCUGACGCGGAUUUUCAGUGCGCGUUAUCCACGCAAGUGGUGAAAACUUGCGCGACAAUCAAUCAAUAGUCGAUCGAGAAGUUGGGAUUUGGUUCCUCUAGAAAUGCGAAAGUGAACAUCGCAAGGGCGAGCGCGUGCAUCGCAGGACGAUGGCUGAACUACAAAUUUCCCGAUUUGUCGUGCUGCUUGCUCAUCUGAUGGUCGUCUUGGUGCUCGCCCAGAACCCCAUCGAGGAGAAGACCACCUUCGAGGCUGCUUUUCAAGGGAGAUGCGGCCACGGGUCGCCGUGCGAGCAACUCUGCUACGAACUUCACGAUGGGAUGUACGAGUGCGAUUGCAAGGACGGCUACAUUCUUCAUAAAAAUGGAUACAGCUGCGCCGAGUUGAAUUCGACGUCUCCGUCGACAGGCGAGCUGAGUGAAUUAGUGGAGAACGACGAAUUAACCAAGGAGACAGACGACGACGAGGAUGCUGUCGAGGACAUCCUUUACAUGCGCGGCGCGUCAUUCACGAUACACCUGGAUCCGCCGCCAGAAAAUUCAACCACCAAUUCCACCAAGAUCACCGAAGAAACUAGCGCCCCUCUCGAUCGGGUCGAGAUUCGAGCCACGUCGCAAGGUCCGAAUUUGGAGCAGAAGCUGCCGUCGACGAUGGAGAGCAUAGUGAGCACGGAGCCAGCGUGCUCGCUGGACUGCGGCCCGGCCGGCAACUGCUACAUCGAGCAAAGCCGCGGUGACGGCGACGACCUGAUCGGCGACGAUGACGGCGACGACGUGUCGGACGACGCCUCGAUGGCCAUGGAUCUCGAAGGGAACGACGUGACUCCGAGACGGAAGCAAGGGUCCUUCAGGCAACGGUGUCAAUGCCCCCUCGGCAGAGGUGGCGAUCGAUGUCAACUCGGUGAGUGAUAUUUUUCAAUUUCAAACGACG